CGCACACCGGUGAGCUUGGGAGGGACGGGAUGUCGCUGUACAAGCCAUACACGUCGCGGUCGGACGAGAAACGGACACAAGAGUUUACAGUGACAGAGUUUGAUAUAUUGAAGGCGUCUCACAAAUUCCUCAGAGAUGACGCCGGACAACCUGGCAGCAGCAGCACGAAUAAUGCGUCGUCUUCGUCGUCAUGGAACGAUCAGCUCGCGAAGAAAUACUACGACACGCUCUUUCGCGAGUUUGCACUGUGCAAUCUGAAACACUACAAGUCUGGCAACUUCGCUCUGCGGUGGCGUACAGAAAAUGAAGUCCUAGAUGGUACAGGCGAGACGACAUGUGGAAACAUGCGCUGUGAAUAUCACCGUCCUCAUUCGACGUCGAGUCCUCUACCCCGAUUGACCACGCUGGAGCUGCCGUUCGCAUACGAAGAACACGGGGAAUUAAAACAGGCAUUGGUCAAGGUCGUACUAUGUCCCGGGUGCGUGAAGAAGCUGAUGUGGAAGAGGAGCCGCCGGGAGGACUCCGGUGAACGCAAGUCUCGCAGUUCUCGGAAGAGGCUUAGAGAACACGCCGGGGGGAAUGACGUCUCGUAGCUUAUCUUAUCUUUUUCAAAGUCCGAGGGUAGCCAGAUAUUAUUAGGCGCUGGGAAGGAUAGUUCAACUUCGUCGUCAGUCGCGACCGUGCGGCUAACGCGUAGACAGUCUACGCAGGGAGAGGGUAGAAAAGAGGUCCUCGUCUCUUCAUCGACCCUCCCAGGAUCAUUGGUAUAACGAACUUCACGAAUAAUGACGAACAUGGCCAACAGCCCAGCCUUGGCUACCGCAAACCUAGCCCCGGCACCGGCAACGCCUGCCAUUCACCCUGCUGACCGCAGUGACAUACACAAAUCCUGUCGCACGAUAGAAGUGCUCGUUGCUACGCUCACGGACUAUUGUGAGGCUGCGCGGACGUUUGCUACCGUACAAAAGAAGCUCGUGAAGGCUUUGAAAGAUGCAGCUGGAAUCAAGGCUGGUGUAGAGUAUGCUGGUG